GUGAAGAUUGCAUUGUUCUCCUUGGGAAACUUGGCGGUGCAUUCGGAAUGUCGCGCUGAGCUCAACUGCUCCACACAGGUGCGGGAGCUUUGCCAUUACCUGAUGAAGAUCACCCAGCCAGAUGACAUUGUACACAAGCUCCUUGGCUUAGAGCAAUUCUUUUCGGGCUCGCGGUGUUGA